AUUUGUUCAUUCAGGUCCCGACUAUGAUUAUCCUGUUUGCCCUACUGGUUUAGUUUCUGUUAGCGUCACUCCCACUGUUCGGAUUGAGAACAACAAUAUUUUGCCCCAUAUAGAGCUAAAUAUUUCUGCUACCGUUUAUGAGAAUGCGAAUUCUGUCUUUAUUCGGCUGCAAUGUUUACAUGCUCCUGAUGCCGAAGAUAUUUAUUGCCAUGAUGCUGCAAGAAUGUCAUUUAAAGGGAAAUGGUUGUGGCCAUGCAGGGCAAUUAUUUUUGAUGAAGGCGAAGUUGUUUCUGCUCCUUUUACUUUCGGAUACUCCUGUUUUCGACUGUUUGGUCUUUCUCAGUACAUGGUGAAUGUCACAAUUUUUCCUCAGCAGUGCAGAUCGAGUUUACUGGUCACUUCGCCAUCGGAUUCCCAGCUAUCUCCAGAAAUUGCCACUUUUUAUGCAAACAAGAAUGUUUCUACUCCAGACUGGUCACCGCUGUUAAUUGUUGACUUUGGUGAUGAGGAUGGGCUUUGGUUGCGCGUUGAAGGACCUUCUUCAUCGCACGCUAGAGUAAUUACCGUAUCAGUCUUCGAACGUCACCUUGAUGGUGUGCUUCGUCCUUUGCAAUCAGUCAACGUUGUCCACCCGUCUACUGGAUUCAAGAGACUAGUUAAUGUGCUUUGGUCUUUUUUAUUCGUCAACCAAUUUGCCGCUCCACUCAUGCAGAGAUUUCAGUGGCGUAAUGUAGCCAAAGGAGAGUACGUUGUAUAUACACAUAUUCCACGGCACGACUGCAUGCUCAUUUGUGACGACGUUCCGUCUAAUUCCGUACCUUGUCGUCUUUGUGCGCACACUGUUGUUAACUUCUCACUCCCUGCUGAUCGAGCAAGCUUGUCAUGGAAAGGAUUGCGUCGGAUGCGUGUACUUCUGGGCGUAGCAUUGUGUAGUAUGUUCUACUUACUUGUUUUGCGGCGGCGGGUGCGGCGAACACCGGCUGAGGUUCGAGAGAUUGAAUUACAAGUGAAACCUUUGGUUCUCUUACUGACGCCAGAUGACUGUGCUGAAUAUUCGGCAGUAGUGGUUGCCCUCAGUCGUGUCCUAGAACAGCAUGCAAAAGUCACCGUUCUUCUGGAUCAUCACGAGAUGAUUAAUUCUGUUCCUUCAAACUUUGCUCGUUUGACAGCGCUUAUUCAUUCUAUCGACGAUGCAUGUGAUCACCAAGUUCCAUCCAACUGUCCUGCCGUAGAUGAAUUUAAUGACGCUGUUGAGACUAUGAUGGCUUUGAUACACAGAAACCCUGGCUGGAUGCAGCAGAGGCUUUGUACUGAGGUAAUUGGACUGUUCGUCGUCUGA